CGUCAUCGAUUAAGGAAAGGAGAAAAAGAACAAAUUAGAGGAGAGAGCCGAGAGGUGGAGAAAAGAACAAAAACCAUUCCAGAUUUUGUUUUUUCUUUUCAUAUUUCAUAUAUUUUUUCCUCCGAUCGAUCGAUCGAUCAAUCAAUCAAUCAUGCGGCCUAUUCAGCCACUGGCGCCGGCCGUCUCGGCCUCGUCGCCGUCGUCUUCUUCUUCGUCGGCGGCGUCUUCGUCGGGGUCAUCGGCCAAUCGCAACAGGCGGACGAAGAAACUAGACCUAACCCUUCCUCUUCCGCAACGCGACCCGAUAGUGGCUGUGCCUCUUCCUCUUCCUCCCAGUUCGGCGCCUUCUUCGGCCUCGAUGUCGUCAUCCUCUUCUUCUGAUCUCCCGGCUCCUCUCAACUUCUCGGAGCUGGAGCGGAUCAACCGCAUCGGGAGCGGGAGCGGCGGCACGGUGUACAAGGUCCUCCACCGCCCCAGCGGCAAGCUCUAUGCUCUGAAGGUGAUUUACGGCCACCACGACGACUCGGUGCGCCUCCAGAUGUGCCGCGAGAUCGAGAUCCUCCGCGACGUCGAUCACCCUAACGUUGUUAAAUGUCACGACAUGAGCGAUCACAAAGGCGAAAUCCAAGUUCUUCUGGAGUACAUGGACAAAGGCUCUCUGGAAGGGACGCACAUCCCUCACGAGCCUGCGCUCGCGGAUCUCACUCGCCAGAUUCUCUCCGGGCUCUGCUACCUCCACCGCCGCAAGAUUGUUCAUCGUGAUAUCAAACCCUCCAAUUUGCUCAUCAAUUCGCAACGCAAGGUGAAGAUUGCUGACUUUGGGGUCUCGCGAAUCCUGGCUCAAACCAUGGAUCCCUGCAACUCCUCCGUGGGCACGAUUGCGUAUAUGAGCCCCGAGAGGAUAAACACGGAUCUGAAUCAGGGGCAGUACAAUGGAUACGCAGGGGAUAUAUGGAGCCUGGGAGUGAGCAUUUUGGAGUUCUACUUGGGGAGGUUUCCGUUCAACGGCGGGAGGCAAGGGGACUGGGCCACCCUCAUGUGUGCCAUUUGUAUGUCAGAACCACCGGAGGCGCCGCCCACGGCUUCCAGGGAGUUUAAAAACUUCAUUGCUUGCUGUUUGCAGAGGGAUCCCGCAAAACGGUGGACGGCGCCGCAGCUGACGACUCACCCUUUCAUCGUGCAAUACUGCUCGGGAAGUCGUAAUCUUGGUGGUAUUGCCAAUCAGCUGCCUCAGACACACCAAUUGCUACCUCCUCCACGCCCGCAUUUUUCUUCCUCUUGAUACCUAGGAUUGCAAAUCAUCCCUCUUUUGCCUUUCCAAAUUUGUGAUUUUUAUUUGUGUAAUUUUUGUGGAAUUAAUUAUCAAGCCAUGUUGAUCGAAGUGGUGGACGUGUGGAGCAAAAAAAGAUAUUGGAUAAUUGGGGAUUCACAGGUUUAUGUUUAACUUGAGGUUUUGUUUCCAAUCAA